GUCGCCAGCGAGGCUCGGCUGGGCCGCCCUCGGUUCUUCAUCUCUCCCCGUCGUCGCCUGCGUCCUCAGAGGUCGCCAUGGGCCGCAAGAAGAAGAAGCAGCUGAAGCCCUGGUGCUGGUAUUGUAAUAGGGAUUUUGAUGAUGAGAAGAUCCUUAUUCAGCAUCAAAAAGCAAAGCACUUUAAAUGUCAUAUAUGUCAUAAGAAAUUGUAUACUGGACCUGGUUUAGCAAUUCAUUGUAUGCAGGUUCAUAAGGAAACAAUAGAUGCUGUACCAAAUGCUAUACCUGGGAGAACAGAUAUCGAACUGGAAAUCUAUGGCAUGGAGGGUAUUCCGGAAAAAGAUAUGGAUGAAAGGAGAAGACUGCUUGAACAGAAAACGCAAGCAGAGAGCCAGAAAAAGAAGCAACAAGAUGAUUCCGAUGAGUAUGAUGAUGACGAAUCUACAGCUUCAACCUCAUUUCAACCACAACCCGUGCAGCCCCAGCAAGGAUACAUCCCCCCGAUGGCACAGCCAGGAUUGCCACCGGUGCCGGGGGCACCGGGAAUGCCGCCAGGUAUUCCACCAUUAAUGCCAGGUGUUCCUCCUCUUAUGCCGGGAAUGCCACCAGUUAUGCCAGGCAUGCCACCUGGAUUGCAUCAUCAGAGAAAAUACACCCAGUCAUUUUGCGGUGAAAACAUAAUGAUGCCAAUGGGUGGAAUGUUGCCUCCUGGACCAGGAAUACCGCCUCUGAUGCCUGGAAUGCCACCAGGUAUGCCGCCACCCGUUCCUCGUCCUGGUAUGCCUCCCUUGACGCAAGCGCAGGCUGUGACAGCGCCCGGCAUUCUUAAUAGACCCCCUGCUCCUACUGCAGCGGUUCCUACCCCACAGCCUCCAGUUACUAAGCCACUUUUCCCCAGCGCUGGCCAGAUGGGGACACCUGUCACAAGCUCAAGUACAGCUUCAUCCAAUUCAGAAAAUCUGUCUGCACCUUCUAAAGCUCUGUUUCCUAGCACAGCUCAAGCUCAGGCGGCUGUUCAGGGUCCCGUUGGUACUGAUUUCAAGCCUUUAAAUAGUACCCCAGCAACAACCACAGAGCCUCCCAAACCUACAUUCCCUGCUUAUACACAGUCUACCGCUUCAACCACUACUACAACAAACAGCACUGCAGCUAAACCAGCUGCUUCUAUAACAAGUAAGCCUGCAACACUUACCACAACCAGUGCAACCAGUAAGUUGAUCCACCCAGAUGAGGAUAUAUCAUUGGAAGAGCGAAGAGCACAGUUACCUAAAUAUCAACGUAAUCUUCCUCGGCCAGGACAGGCCCCCUUAGGUAAUCCGCCCGUUGGACCAAUUGGAGGAAUGAUGCCACCGCAACCGGGGAUUCCUCCACAACCACAAGGAAUGAGACCCCCAAUGCCGCCUCAUGGUCAGUAUGGCGGUCAUCAUCAGGGUAUGCCAGGGUACCUUCCUGGGGCUAUACCUCCGUAUGGGCAGGGACCCCCAAUGGUACCUCCCUACCAAGGUGGGCCUCCUCGACCGCCAAUGGGAAUGAGACCUCCUGUGAUGUCGCAAGGAGGCCGUUACUGAUGUUACUUCACGCAGUUUAAUAGGUUUGGAGAUUAAACCUUUUCUCAUCUUGUGCUGUUUAUAUAGCCGAGCUUCCCGUCAAUUAAGGCUUCAUUGUGACUUUAAAACAGUAUCUUCUCACAGUACCAAGAACUAUUGGACAUUUUGUUUUACUUGGGAAAAGUGAUUUGGAAUAAAAGCAGGAGUUUUCCCUGAUGUUGCAAUUUAUACUGUAUGGCUUCUUUUUCAUGUUUCAUCUAGGUUUUUAGAAGUGAAGUAUAGUAAAUAUGGUUCGUUAAAUUGUGAAGGCGCUGGAAUUACAUGAACAUACCAUCUUAAAGGCAAGUUCUGUAACAUUAUGUUGCUAUUGGUAAAGUGAUGCCUUCACAGCAUUUCUGAUGCUGUUGGACUUCACGUCCCCAACAUAGCUUGGUGAGGGCUGUAACUGUUUCCAAGUACCUGUAAAUUGGAAGUCUGAGUGUGUAACAGUAUUUAAUGUAUUUAGAGUUGCUCAUGUUGCAGGGCUUUAAAAAAAGAAACAACAAACAAAAAAAAAAAACCUGACCCACUAAGUCAUGUGACUUUCUGUACUGUUAAACUUCAUUGUAAUAAAAUGAGAGAACCAUUUAUGCCUUUUUAUUCAUGGCCAGCUGUGGACCACUGCCUGCAAGGUUUGUACAUAUGCAUGCCAAAGUAGAUGUCCACAAAUAAUAAAAUGCAUAAUUUCUGGUGCA